AAAUUUCCGAAAUCUAACUUGCAGAUGAAACUAAAGGAUAGGGAAACCUACAAGAAAUACCUAUUGCACGUGUUCGUGAUAUUGGUGUUCAUCCUCUCUAUAAUAUUCGUCAGUUUGGCCUGGUACUACCACAAUGAAUCAGAAACCGCCAUUGCCAGCAGUCAGCAAAUCUUUUUUAACCCUCGAGGACGAAUCUUAACCUUGUCUGAUCCUGAAGGUUAUGACGCCAUCCAUGCCAAAUUAGGUCAAGACAUACCGUUCUGGCAGUUACCAUUAAAUUGUCCAAUAGUGGAAACGGGAGAUCAGUCAACUAAGGAGUGCAAGUGGAAACGACGGGCAGUGCUCCGGAUUAACCAUUUCGAGUCACCAGAACGGGAUAUUCAAUGUUACAACGUUUCGUGGGAAAGUCUAAAUCCGAAAUACGUUCCGUUUGAUUGCUUUGAUCUGGGUAAUGAGGAAUGGUAUGGAUCAUCAAAUCUUACAACUGGUUCGGUUCCUAUUCAAGGACAGUUUGAUUUCAAUUCUAACAAAUAUGAAUGUGGCAACGACGGCGUUUUGCAGUCGGCUGUCGAGUUUUAUUGGAUCUCGUCCAACUCCGCGGCCAUCUUGGUAAACAGCGACAUUCCAGUUCACGUCCACUGGAAUACAACCCGACCUGGGAAAAUGUGUUUAGUAUCAAAUUUUACUGUGCCAUUUUAUGAUCAAGACGAUAAGCGAUUGCCACAUCUAAACUACACUGUUUGCAACGGACAUGAUAUAAUAAAGACGCACACAUUUAUGCGAAAAUUGCAUGCCAACCCUGAAGGAUUGCGUAUGAUGGACUCCGAAGUGUUACGCUAUCCCCAUUGGUCUGCAGUAGCUGAAAAGAAAUCACGCCAAAUUACGCAAGAAGAUGUGGAACAUGUGGCUAAAGCAAUCGUGCACCACGGAUUUAAUUGCAGUACUUUGCAAAUAGACGGAAUGUGGCAAGCAGCAAUCGGAGAUCUAGUCUUUGAUGAGAAAAAUUUCCCGAACACAACUCAAAUGGUUGAAACAUUGACGUCUUCAAAUUGUUCAAUAUCUUUGGAGGUCAAUCCGUAUUUUCAUUUUACCUCCGACAAUUACAACUUCGGUGUCAGCAAAGGAUUUUUUGUGAAAGAUUCUGGUGAUAUGGUCCCAGGUUUGGUGGAUUGGCAGUAUGGCAUCGGAUCGAUCCUUGACGUUUCCGAUACAAACGCAAAAGCAUGGUUUUCGAAUGAAGUGAUGACCUUAAGCAACGAAUACAAUGUAAAAGCAUUUAGAUUCAGUUACGGGAACAAAGACUGGCUUCCACAUCGACCGCAUUUCAGCAAGCCGAAACAAACCCCCAAUAGUCUGCUGAAGAUGUUUACGAACAUGAUGUCGACCAUAAACCGUAAUCUCAUCGUAGAUAGAACGUCACAUUCACAGCAUUCCAGUGGGUUGCUUAACGUCAAAGCAUCCGUCAUCAUGGAUGGAACACGAUCUUGUAUAAAUGAUGUCAUCUCCAAAACUAUUUCAUUAGGUCUUCUUGGAUACCCCCAUAUUCUCUCGGAUGGUUUUAGAUCAUACCACGAUGAAAAUGACCUCCUGCCCGCAAAGGUGCCAAGCAAGGACCUGUUUAUUCGUUGGAUGGAACUGUCCGCCUUUUUCCCAGCAAUGAGUUACUCGAUUGCCCCUUGGUCGUAUGACAAAGAAACUGUUGAAAUAGCCAAGAAAAUGAGUCAACUACACGAAAAGUUAGUGAUGCCCAUAAUUACAAGCCUGAAGAUGAAGCAAGAACUACAUCAAGGAUUGGCAAUGAUCCGUCCCUUGUGGUCUGUGGACUCUCAAGACUCUACUGCUCGACGUAUUCAAGAUCAAUUUCUCGUUGGAGAUAAACUGUUAGUCGCGCCAGUGGUUUGUGAAGGAACGAUAAAACGAAACAUUUACAUUCCUAAAGGAAUCUGGAAUGACGAACUGCGAUCAACGUUAGUUGUCGGUCCCAAAUGGCUCGUUGGCUAUCACGUUGCUCUUCAUGAAAUACCACACUUUAUGUUUAUGAGAGUGUACGAAUGAAACUGUUUUUGUUGACGAUCCGAUUUAUUAGAUUGCCUUAAUUGUUAUAUAUUACCUGCGUGUGUGAGAAUGAUCUAAGAUUGCUGUUACUGAUAUUUUCACCAUUUUGACUUAUUGUUUUGUGGACGUCCUUAUUUUAAUAACAGUUUCGCAUCAUCGUGUUUUAAAAAAUGGCAUGAAUAACUGAGCACUUAUUUUUUGUGAUGCACAAUGUAUAUAAUAUAAGUUAUGAGUAAAUUUGCUUCUGUGUUAUAAUGAAGAAUGAAUGCAACUGACAUAUGUGUAUGGACAUCCGGGCAAUUAACUACUCUGACCCCGGAGGACAAGCCUCUGUGCUCUGUUCUUAAGGGACAUGCCACACCCUACCUCACCCUCAGAAACGCCACAGGUGCAGUUUUCUUGAUUACUCGAAUAGUAACUGUUUAUGAUUCGAAAAUGUUCUAGAGAUCUUAUCAAUACAUGACAAAUUCAUUCGAAAUAGCAUUAAUUAUCUAAGUAAUAAAUAAAUAUAUUAUGAUAU